CCGAGAUUGGGCGCAGCCUCCUCUAUUGUUCCGCCCCCUGCGCCUCAGGGUUCGAGUUUGAGAGGCAGGGGUAACCCAAAAGGCGUGAGUCCGUGGGGAGGCCUCAGCUAGUGAGCGUCGUGGACAGCCCCGCCGCCCGGAGGAGGCAAUUUGGGGGUGGGGCUCCAGUGGCCGAGGCUCGCCGCUAUCCUCGGUGUCUGCGGAGGCGUACAGUGAUAUCCUGAGAGAAGAUGGGAAAGGGCUGCAAGGUUGUGGUUUGUGGCUUGUUAUCUGUGGGGAAAACAGCAAUUUUGGAGCAGCUCCUUUAUGGGAAUCAUACUAUUGGAAUGGAAGAUUGUGAAACAAUGGAAGAUGUGUAUAUGGCUUCAGUAGAAACGGAUCGGGGAGUAAAGGAACAGUUACAUCUUUAUGAUACCAGAGGCCUACAGGAAGGUGUGGAGCUGCCAAAGCAUUAUUUUUCAUUUGCCGAUGGCUUUGUUCUUGUGUACAGUGUGAAUAACCUUGAAUCCUUUCAAAGAGUGGAGCUUCUGAAAAAAGAAAUUGAUAAGUUCAAAGACAAAAAAGAGGUAGCAAUUGUUGUAUUAGGAAACAAAAUCGACCUUUCUGAGCAGAGACAAGUGGAUGCUGAGGCGGCACAGCAAUGGGCAAAAAAUGAGAAAGUGCGACUGUGGGAGGUAACAGUUACAGACCGGAAAACACUGAUUGAACCAUUCACUCUGUUAGCCAGCAAACUUUCCCAGCCCCAGAGCAAAUCGAGCUUUCCUUUGCCUGGGAGGAAAAACAAAGGGAACUCUAAUUCUGAGAACUAAAAUAAAUAAUGCCACAAUUUUUUGUUGAAUAGUGAUUGCCUUGAAGUGUCUGUGAACAUAUUUAAUGUAGGCCAUUUGUACCUACUUUUGGUCCUUAGGAAGUCCCUAAGGAAGUAAUUUAAUGCACUUUAGGUUAUAAUUAAAUUAUUUGGGCUGAGUUUAUUAUUAUUGCCUGAUAUGAAAUAAUAUAUUUGCAUUCUCAUUGAAACUUGUCCUUGCAAUUAGCACCUUUGUUAUUUACAUUUAUGUUGCACUUGUCAAAACAAUAAAAUAAAGUUGGGGUAGUACGCAAAUAUACCUAUGAGUAGUUCCCCUCCCUUAACCUGUUUCAGAAGUUAUUAUUCUGUGUAACUUGAUCCGAACUUUUUAGCUCAAACAUAACUUUUUUAAAAAGUUUAUUAAUCAUCUAAUGUCUAGGAUUAUAAAAUGAUGUUUUUUUUUAUGUCCAAAUUGGAUCACAAACAGUAAACAACUUGAGUACUAAGUAAGCUAAAUUUUCUCUUGUGGCGAUCUGCUAAAUGGAACAAAACCUGUGAUUUAACUUUGUUCAAAUUACAUGUUGAGCAUGACCUGAGGUCGUAGCUAGCGUAAAUAAUGUUCAAACUGUUUCUUCUUUAGAAAAGGACAGUAAAGCUUCCCUUUUCCACAAGGAAUACUAUACCUUCUGGAAUAGUUUUCUGGAUAUGUAGUCAUGUGGAAUAAAACGUAUUGUAAAAAUACUGGACUACAGGCAGUCUUCAAGUGAGAUAUCUGAGUCUGUGCUAUGGUUCUUGGAAGAUUUUGGCAAGAUAUGAACCAGGGGGCUAACUGUAUUUAGCAAGUUGAAAAUACUGUAACUAAUUUUAAAAGUAGGAAACAAGCUACUUAGUGGUUUAUGUCCUGAAAGCAGUUAACUAUUUGAUUUAAAUGUAAAAUAUGAAAUAAGCUGUUCUACAAAGAAAUGUUAAGACAUCUAGUAAAUUGUAACAUCUUAAAUAGAAUACUUUAAAGGCUAGGUUCAAUGAUUUUUAAGCUCAGCUGGCUCAGUUCAGUGAGUUCAAGCCAAGAACUGCAUAUAAAAGAUAGAAAACUUAUAAAUCAGCUAGUGCUGGGGCCGGCCCAGUGGCGCAGCGGUUAAGUGUGCGUGCUCCGUUUCGGCAGCCUGAGGGUUCACAGGUUCAGAUCCCAGGCAUGCACAGAUGCACUGCUUGCCAAACCAUGCUGUGGCGGCGUCCCAUAUAAAGUAGAGGAAGAUGGGUACCGAUGUUAGCCCAGGCCCAAUCUUCCUCAGCAAAAAGAGGAGGAUUGGCAUCGGAUGUUAGCUCAGGGCUGAUCUUCCUCACAAAAAAAGAAAAAAAAGUCAGCUAGUGCUGCUACCAUAUAAUUCUUUAAAAUUUCUCAUCACAAAUAUAUAUUUUUGGUCAAAAAUUUUUCACUCAGAUAUGACUGUCAUUCCCUGCCUUCUCUCCCAGUUACUGUGUGUUGAUCUUCUAGCUUUUUCCUAUGUAUUUUAGACAGAUGGAUAAAUACUUAUAAAAUGAUUUUUAAAUAAGUAAUACACUACAUCAUCUUGCAGUUUGCUUUUUUCUACU